CUUUUUUUGUCGACAGUUCUUUUUCAGCUAUUCAAACAACGAUGUUAUCAAAAUUAUCUCUCCGAAUUUUUCCUCUAGAUUUAAGUAGAUAUUAACUCAUCCAGCGAUUAGUGUUCGCCUGUAGUGCUGUAUUUUAACAGCAAUGAUUCGUACAGCCAAAUAUUUAUUUGUAGGUUUCAUACAUUAUGCGAUUAUUUUAAUAAUUUUUAAAUUUUCUAGCUUAAUUAUUCCUCAUUCUUUUUGCUGUUGCUUUACGAAUUUUUUAUAUUUGUUUGUAUGUCUGAUUAUUGGAUUUUUUUCUUUCGAAUUCACCAAACGAAAAUUUUUAAAUGAACGAAUUAAGCCGCAGGGAAAAGCUAUAUUCAUAACAGGUUGUGAUAGUGGAUUCGGACAUGGUAUAGCAAAGCGUCUUGACAGUAAAGGUUUUUAUGUGUUUGCAAGUUGUUUGAUGCCAAAUGGCCCCGGGGCCCAAAAAUUGCUCUCAGAAUGUUCUGAAAAAUUACGUGUUUUAGAGCUGGAUGUUACUAAAGACGAAAGCGUCAAUCGAGCCUUUGAGUUUGUAAAAAGCAAUUUAGGAAAUUUAGACCUCUGGGCAAUCGUAAACAAUGCCGGGAUUCAAAAAGGAUUUACAACUGAUUUUGCAUCUGUCCAAGACUUCAAAGACACGAUGGAAGUGAAUGGGUUUGGAAUGGUUAGAGUAACUAAAGCUUUUUUACCACUGCUGAAACAAUCUAGAGGACGAGUAGUUAAUGUCACAAGCUCAAAUGCCAAGCUGCCUAUAGCUCAUAAUACUCCUUAUAAUAUGAGUAAAUAUGCUGCUGCGGGAUUCAGUGAAAGUCUUCGACUAGAAAUGAUUCCCUGGAAUAUUCCUGUCAUUCAACUGGAACCUGAAUUGUUACGGACACAACUGACCAAUCGUAGUGAAAUUGAAAAACGCUUAGACUCGGAAGUAAAGGCCAUCGAUCCUGAAGUAAAAGCUCAGUACGGUGACAAAUUUUUUGCAGAUUUAUAUUUAGCCGUGUUGGGAGGAGUGACAAAAUAUAGUACAAGUGACAUCACCUGCGUCAUUGAUGAUUUAGAACAUGCUAUUUGUGCAAUCUAUCCUGAUAUGGUGUACAAGCCAUGCCGAGCUUAUUAUGUAAAAUUUGUCAUACGCUUAGUUGAAAUGCUCCCGUAUGCAUUGAGAGAGCAACUUUACAUGAUAGUGUCAUGUUAUUUGUCUUAUCCUAAACCUAAGGCAAAUAUGAUUCGUUUUAGCAAAUUGAUACUUGCAUGUUUGUUACAUUUUGUAUGCGUGUUUUUUGUGGUUAAUGCGUUUAUUUAUAUUAUACCAAAUUAUCUGUUGAAGAGGAUAAUAAAUUUUAAUUACUUAGUGGUAUGUUUAAUUAUUUCUUACUAUACUUUUGAAUUCACUGUACGAAAAUUUCUAAAUGAGAGGAUUUGUCCGAAGGGGAAAGCUGUUCUAAUUUCAGGUUGUGAUAGUGGAUUUGGACAUGACUUAGCAAAGCGCCUAGAUGAUAUAGGUUUCCAUGUUUAUGCUACCUGCCUGUAUCCUUCAGGAUCCGGUGCUGAGAGGCUUAAAAAUGAAUGCUCUACUCGAUUACAGAUUUUGGAAAUGAAUGUUGCCAGCGAUGAAAGUGUAAAAAACGCUUUCAAAUUGGUUGAGAAGAGUCUAGAAAAUUUAGAAUUCUGGGCCUUGAUAAACAACGCAGGUACGCAAAAAGGAUUUACCAUUGAUUUUGCUAGAGUUCAAGAUUUUAAAGACACAAUGGAAGUUAAUGCUUUUGGAAUGCUGAGAGUAACUAAAACAUUUUUGCCUUUAGUAAAACGUUUCAAAGGACGAAUAAUCAACUUAACAAGUUUGCAUGGAAGAAUUCCUGCACCACAUAAUAGCCCUUAUGUUAUGAGUAAGUAUGCCGCAUCCGGUUUCAGUGAUUGCCUUCGGCUUGAAAUGAAUGAAUGGAAAAUUCCUGUCAUCCAAGUAGAACCGGAAUUAUACCGAACACUUCUCACAGACGAUGAAAUGGUUGGAACAAAGAUGAGACUUGAAAAUGAUAGUGUUUCUCGUGAUUUGAAAAAAGAAUACGGUGGCGAGUAUUUCGAAGAGUUAAAGAUCGCUACUUUACGUUAUCUGAAUGUAUGCUGUUCAACUGAAACUGUCCGUGUGAUAGAUGAUCUAGAAACAGCCGUAUGCUCAAAAUAUCCGAAAAUUGUGUAUAAGCCUUGCCGAAAUUAUUUAAUGGGUGUGUUUGUCGAUGCAUUUGAGUUAAUGCCAUAUAAUCUUCGAGACCUGCUCGUGAAUGUUAUGUGUUAUCUUUUAUCAUUUCCUAAACCCUUGAAGUCAUAAAAUAUCAAUAACAAAAUAUGCAGUGUCUCAAAAAUGUCCGACGAACUGGAAAAUCAAUUUAAGAAAAACGAAAAGAAAUAGAAAUGUAUGGAUGAUUUGCUAAGAAACAAUUGCAAAAAAAAAACAACGUUUAAAACAAUAAAACAACCUUUUAUUCUGCAUGUCAGACUAUUCCUAGGGAAGAUUUAGAUGGUGGUUAUGAAUUUGAUCCUGGAUGCUAACUAUACAAUCAGCGCGUACAGGCAGCAAGAUGAACGUUAAAUGUGUUGUGACUGAAAAUACUCAUGUUGUGGAUAUUUGUAGAGAAGGGUACCAAUUCAGGAUCUGCCUUUGUCGUCAGCUCGGGGUCGAGAUUAGGUGCUUAUCCUACCAUGGUUGUUAAAAGCGGGAGAUCUGAAAUGGACUAUAGGUGCUUGAAGAUGGUUGCGUGUGCUGUAAAUGGUGGUUGUUUUGAAAACAUUGUCUAUAAUUUUUCUCAGCAGCGCUAAAUAUUACAGAAAUUUGUAACUAAAUUCAAAAUUAGUUGAGAAUAAAUACCUUGUUUUUAUAUGCUAA